AGCCGGAAAACCGCAGCGGCGGCGGCGGCGGCGGCGGCGGCGGCUGACGGGGAGCGACCGAGCCGGGCGGCAGAAGGGGGGAAAAAUACGAGGGGGCAUAGCGAAUAAGGCAGGACUGAGAGCCCGGGGUUCACGGCCUCUCGCGGGCCGCCGCCUUCGCCGCCCGCGGGGAGGAAGGCCCGGGAGGCGGCAGAGACGGCGGCCGGAGAAGGAGGAGACGGCGACGGGAGGGGAGCGCAGAGGAGGGGCCGCGCCGCCGGCGGCCUGGGAGCCGCAGUGAUUUUGACGUUUUCCUCCGCUCGGUCUCCGGCGGCCCCCGACCGGGCUGCGCUGCGGGGGGGGGGGGGGGGGUGGGGGGGGCGCCCACCCCGUCCCGCGCGCCCGGCUCGUCCCUCCGCCCGCCGGGGCCUGAGGGGUCUCCGCGCUCCGCGGGAAGGGAAGGGGGAGGCGGGGGCGUGCGGGCACCGCGAUGGCGGGGACAUUUUCCACAACGUGAUUGUUAAAGCCUCCCCCGCCCCCCCUCCUUAAAAUUCCGGGCCCUUCCAGCCUCCCCCCUCCCCCCCAGCCCGUGUGACUAAACGGAGACAAAGGGGAGGCGGCCUCGCUCACACGCGCGCUCGCGGGGCGGGUGGCUCGGCGGGGCGCCGGCGCGGGGCGGGCGGACGGACCGACGGACGGACGCUGCGCCGUCACAUUCCUAUGCCCGGGAGGAGCGGCGGCGGCUCCCGCGGGAGGCGGCAGGCUCGCGGCGCGGACAGCUGAGCUUCUCCUCCCCCGUCGCCGCCCGGGCGGGCCUCGCCCCGGCCCCGAUGGUUUGAGCCCUUCCCUCGUCGGCUCCCGACCCCCGCGGCGGCGCGGCCACACCAUGUGAAGGUCGGAGCCCGGACCUCCCGACGAGCCGCCGUGAAAGAUGGGGGAUGCUGCAGACCCCAGGGAGAUGAGAAAGACGUUCAUUGUUCCAGCCAUCAAGCCCUUUGACCACUAUGAUUUCUCCAGGGCCAAAAUCGCCUGCAAUCUGGCCUGGCUGGUGGCCAAAGCCUUUGGGACAGAAAAUGUGCCAGAGGAACUUCGAGAACCAUUUUACACAGAUCAGUAUGACCAGGAACACAUCAAACCACCCGUGGUUAAUUUACUUCUUUCGGCUGAACUAUACUGUCGUGCUGGGAGUCUCAUUCUCAAGAGUGAUGCUGCGAAACCCCUUCUGGGCCAUGAUGCUGUAAUCCAGGCUUUAGCGCAGAAAGGUCUUUAUGUAACUGACCAAGAAAAACUGGUAACUGAACGAGAUCUGCACAAGAAACCCAUACAGAUGAGUGCUCAUUUGGCCAUGAUAGAUACCCUAAUGAUGGCUUAUACCGUAGAAAUGGUCAGUAUAGAGAAAGUAAUUGCCUGUGCUCAACAGUACUCAGCUUUUUUUCAAGCCACGGAUUUGCCCUAUGAUAUUGAGGAUGCUGUCAUGUACUGGAUAAACAAGGUAAAUGAGCAUUUGAAAGACAUUAUGGAACAAGAACAGAAAUUGAAAGAACAUCACACAGUUGAAGCUCCAGGAGGUCAAAAGUCUCCUUCCAAAUGGUUUUGGAAACUGGUUCCAGCUCGUUAUAGGAAGGAGCAAACAUUGCUCAAGCAAUUGCCUUGCAUUCCAUUGGUAGAAAAUUUGUUGAAAGAUGGUACAGAUGGCUGUGCUUUAGCUGCUCUUAUUCAUUUUUAUUGUCCCGGUGUGGUCAGAUUAGAGGAUAUUUGUUUGAAAGAAACCAUGUCUUUGGCCGAUAGCCUGUAUAAUCUGCAGCUGAUUCAAGAAUUUUGCCAAGAAUAUUUGAACCAGUGUUGCCAUUUUACCCUGGAAGACAUGCUGUAUGCUGCUUCAUCCAUAAAGAGUAAUUAUUUGGUGUUCAUGGCAGAACUCUUCUGGUGGUUUGAAGUUGUGAAGCCAUCAUUUGUUCAGCCUCGUGUUGUUCGUCCACAAGGAGGUACUGAACCUAUGAACGAUAUGCCUUCAGUUCCUGUCUUGAAUGCUGCCAAAACAAACAUUGUGGAUGGUUCGUGUAGUUCUGACUUCACUUCAAGUGGGGAAGGAGCUGCAUUUACACACUCUCAUCAUCAUUUGCCUUCUAGACAUUCACACCCCCAAGCUCAUUCUUCAGCCUCAGGAGGAAUUAGAAGGUCUUCAUCUAUGUCCUAUGUUGAUGGUUUCAUAGGGACGUGGCCCAAAGAGAAAAGAUCAUCAGUGCAUGGAGUUUCGUUUGAUAUUUCUUUUGAUAAAGAAAAUACUGUACACAGAUCCACUCCAAACCGAGGAAUCACUCGUUCUAUUAGUAAUGAAGGACUUACUCUGAACAAUAAUCGUGUAUCUAAAAAUAUUAGGAAAAAUUUGUCCUUCAAGCCAGUAAAUGGAGAAGAGGAAGCAGAAAGCAUUGAAGAAGAACUUAAUACAGACUGUCACAGUGACCUCAAAUCUUACAUGCCCCUUAAUACAAAUGAACUAAAUUCUAAUGAGAAUAUUCAUUAUAAGCUUCCAAAUGGAGCUUUACAAAACAGAGUACUUCUGGAUGAGUUUGGCAAUCAGAUUGAGACACCAAGCAUUGAAGAAGCAUUACAAAUAAUUCAUGAUACUGAAAAAUCUCCCCAUACAUCUCAGCCAGAUCAGAUUGCCAAUGGCUUCUUUCUUCAUAACCAGGAAAUGAGUAUCCUAAAUUCAAACAUCAAGCUAAAUCAGUCUAGUCCUGAUAACAUAACUGAUACAAAAGGUGCCUUGAGUCCCAUAACUGACAAUACUGAAGUAGACACUGGAAUUCAUGUUCCUUCUGAAGACAUCCCUGAAACUAUGGAUGAAGAUUCUUCUUUGAGAGAUUAUACUGUAAGCUUAGACUCUGACAUGGACGAUGCCUCUAAAUUUCUUCAGGAUUAUGAUAUUCGAACCUGCAAUCCCAGAGAAGCUUUGAGUCCUUGUCCAAGUACUGUAAGUACCAAGUCUCAGCCAGGUAGCAGUGCUUCUUCUAGUUCUGGAGUUAAAAUGACCAGCUUUGCAGAACAGAAAUUCAGGAAACUGAACCAUACUGAUGGGAAAAGCAGCGGAAGCAGUUCUCAGAAAACUACACCAGAGGGCUCUGAACUUAAUAUCCCUCACGUGGUUGCUUGGGGACAAAUUCCAGAAGAAACAGGCCUUCCACAAGGACGGGACACUACUCAGCUGUUGGCCUCUGAAAUGGUGCAUCUCAGGAUGAAACUUGAAGAAAAGAGACGUGCUAUAGAAGCCCAGAAGAAGAAAAUGGAAGCCGCUUUUACUAAACAGAGGCAGAAAAUGGGAAGGACAGCAUUUCUUACUGUUGUGAAAAAGAAAGGGGAAGGGAUUUCCCCUCUUCGAGAGGAAGCAGCCGGUGCAGAAGAUGAGAAAGUAUAUACUGAUCGAGCAAAAGAAAAGGAUUUGCAAAAGGCUAAUGGACAGAGGAGUAAGUCUCUGGCAGAUAUCAAAGAAAGCAUGGAGAAUCCUCAAGCCAAAUGGCUAAAGUCUCCAACCACACCCGUUGAUCCAGAGAAGCAGUGGAACCUGGCAAGCCCCUCAGAGGAAACUUUAAACGAAGGCGAGAUCUUAGAAUAUACAAAGUCCAUUGAAAAGUUAAAUUCAUCUCUGCAUUUCCUACAACAAGAAAUGCAGCGCUUGUCCCUUCAGCAGGAGAUGUUAAUGCAGAUGAGGGAGCAACAGUCCUGGGUGAUUUCACCUCCUCAACCCUCUCCACAAAAACAGAUUCGAGAUUUUAAACCCUCCAGGCAGGCGGGCCUGUCGUCAACCAUCGCACCCUUUUCGUCAGACUCCCCCCGUCCUACUCACCCAUCUCCACAGUCUUCCAACAGGAAGAGCACAUCUUUUUCUGUUAAGAAUCAAAGGACUCCUAGGCCAAAUGAAUUAAAAAUAACACCUUUGAAUCGAACACUGACGCCCCCUCGGUCUGUGGAUAGUCUUCCUCGGUUACGGAGGUUUUCACCAAGUCAAGUUCCUAUUCAGACUAGGUCGUUUGUGUGUUUUGGGGAUGAUGGAGAACCUCAGUUAAAGGAAUCCAAACCUAAGGAAGAAGUUAAAAAGGAGGAAUUGGAACCCAGAGGGACUUUGGGAGAGCAUGUACAUAACCCAGAAGAAAAGGAGAUCAAGCCUCUUGAGUCCACAGUUUCUGAAGUCCUGUCGCAGCCUAUCACAGAGACAGUACGUCUGACACCAAAUGAGGACCAGCUGAACCAACCCUCAGAGCCUCCUCCUAAACCUGUUUUCCCACCUGCUGCUCCGAAAAAUGUUAAUCUGAUUGAAGUUUCCCUCUCAGAUCUGAAACCUCCUGAAAAGACUGAUGUAUCCGUUGAAAAAUAUGAUGGAGAAAGUGAUAAGGAACAAUUUGAUGAUGACCAGAAAGUAUGCUGUGGGUUCUUUUUUAAGGAUGAUCAAAAAGCAGAAAAUGAUAUGGCAAUGAAACGGGCAGCUUUGUUGGAGAAGCGACUACGGAGGGAGAAGGAGACUCAGCUUCGGAAGCAGCAGCUGGAAGCGGAAAUGGAGCAUAAGAAAGAAGAGACAAGGCGUAAAACUGAGGAAGAGCGCCAGAAGAAGGAAGACGAGAGAGCACGCAGGGAAUUUAUCAGACAAGAAUAUAUGAGGCGAAAACAACUGAAGCUGAUGGAAGACAUGGAUACAGUAAUUAAACCCCGUCCUCAAAUAGCAAAACAAAAAAAACAGCGUCCCAAAUCUAUUCACAGAGACCAUAUCGAAUCUCCCAAAACACCAAUAAAAGGUCCUCCAGGAUCACGAAUUUAUCGUGUUUUUUCAGUCUCUAGCCUUUCUUUGGCAUCACUGAACACAGGUGAUAACGAGAGUGUGCAUUCAGGCAAGAGGACACCAAGAUCCGAGUCUGUAGAAGGCUUCUUGUCUCCAAGUCGUUGUGGCAGUCGAAAUGGGGAAAAGGACUGGGAAAAUGCAUCAACAACUUCUUCAGUGGCUUCUGGAACAGAAUACACGGGACCAAAGCUCUACAAAGAACCCAGUGCAAAAUCCAAUAAGCACAUAAUACAAAAUGCUUUAGCUCAUUGCUGUUUGGCUGGAAAAGUAAAUGAAGGUCAGAAGAAAAAAAUACUGGAGGAAAUGGAGAAGUCAGAUGCCAACAACUUUCUAAUCUUGUUCCGGGAUUCAGGCUGCCAAUUCAGGUCUUUGUAUACUUACUGCCCAGAAACUGAAGAAAUUAAUAAACUGACUGGGAUAGGCCCUAAAUCCAUCACUAAAAAAAUGAUUGAGGGACUUUACAAAUAUAAUUCUGACAGGAAACAGUUUAGCCACAUACCUGCUAAAACUUUAUCUGCCAGUGUCGAUGCCAUUACCAUUCAUAGUCAUCUAUGGCAGACCAAGAGACCAGUAACACCCAAAAAACUCCUACCCACUAAAGCAUAGGACUUGGGAAAUAUCUGCUUCAGAACAUUUACGGUAAAUUUGCACUUCAUCUUUCCUGCCUAUAGAGAAUCUUUCUAAUUGCCAACAAGACUUUUAUUAAUUGAAACUGAACACUAAGCUCUGUUGUCAUGAACAACUGGAAUGUAAACCACAGUAUUUUGGAGCGCAGAAGGUGCUGACGUAGGUGGUAAGUCCAAGUCCAGGUGAUGAAGGACACGUUUUGAGUCACAAAUGGAGAUUUGUGUCAUCGGGUUUACCUGCUUGAUAUUAGACACACUGAAGCACUGAAUUCUCACGGACACUAGUUGGACUUAGGGUUGAGAUGUGGCUAAGAUUACAAACUGUAUGUUUUAUUUGUUCCUUUUUUUUUUUUAACCUUUUAAUGUACAUGCUUGUCUUCAGAUAGUUGAUUUUGCUUUUUUUUUCUCUCCUGGAGGUUUAUUCUAAGACACCUUUGUAUUUUGUUUCAUGUGGAGACCAUGAGCGUAGGAAAUGCGCCUUCAGAGGUAACUUGCACCUUUCUUACAAUGCUAAGAGAAACACUAGUGUUUAGUUUCACAGUAACCCUCAUGUUUUAAUGGUGUUAGAGCAUUUGCAAAAAUUAUUCUAAGUAUUUACAAUUCUGUAUUUAUUAUUCACUCAAGUAUUAACAUUUCUCUGUUAAAUAAGAGGAGGUUUUGUCAAGAGCUGCUAGUAGGUUCGCUUUAAACCACAUGAGCUUAACCAAGAAUGUGUAUAAGAAAUUGCUGAUUAAAUCAGUGCUGUUUUUACACCACUUCUGGCCAACUCAGAAUAAUUUAGAUCGUUCUUUUAACAAAAAAGGCUUUCUAUCUCUUUUAAAGUAAGUCACUUUAUAAGCUGGCAGAAAUGACACUUUGAGAGUAGUCUUUCAAUCUGAAGAUGGAGGGCCUCUGUCACAAGUUCUCGAGAGGUCUUUCCCUUAUAUUUAUAACUGACAUAAAAAUUAUAUUUAGGAUUUUUAAACAUGUACAAAGGGCUACAUUUUAAUUUUAAAAUAGCUUCACAUUAUUUUACUUAUAUUGAGUUUUUCUUUUUUUAUUCUCUUCAAGUGGAACAGCCUAAAGUACACACUUGAAAUCUUCUCUUCAUGAUCUUUGUUCCUUUAACAAUGUAUAUCAGAGGGUUAGUUGGGGAAAAACUUCAUUCUCAGGAAAAGACUUGAAUGAUCAUGUGACCCUGUUAUGUUUCAGUGUUGUGAUAACUGUGUAAACGUAGAGGGGAGAGACAGUAUUGUAUCAUAAAUGAGAUGCGGGGUUUGUUUUCUUUUGUGGGAAGUAGAGACUAAAAUAUAUACAUUUCUCUAAUCGAGGUGUUUAGAGAAAUAACUAAUAUCUCAUAUGAUGUAUUUACUUAUUUUAAGAGAGAAUAGGAAUGAGAUGUCCCUGAACUGUACUUUUCUAUUAUUAUAAGGCCUUUAGGCAUCAGUGCAUCUGGGUUAUCAACAUUUUCUCAAACGCUGUCAAUAUUUUACUGUAAUUUAUGUUCUUAUAUUUAUGUAUAUUUGUUAAAACUGUAAAGAAAAUUUCAGAUUUUUUUCCAAUACCUGUGCAAGAUAUAUGUGUAGCUCAAAACUAUUUGUGAUCUACUGUUUGCAUGUAAGAGACCAGGAUAUGUAACUCUUAUAUUUUAAGUGUAUACAUAUUGUGUAUAUAAUAUAUGAAUAUUAAGAAUGGGGAAUUGCACAUUUUACCUUUCAGACAACAGUUUCUAUCACAGAAGGAAAUGAUUGUCAGAUACAUGUUUAGAUUAAGACUAGUUUAAAAAAUAGUAAAUCUAAUCAAAAUAUGGUAAAUAAUAGUCAAAAGGAGAAUAAGCACUUUACAUUACUAAAUUUGUUCUUUUCAAUCAGAUUUCCCUUAUCAAAUCCAUCUUCUUUGUGAUAUUACCUGGCCAUUAAAUUUUAAAAAAUUGGAUGCAAGACAGUGGAGGGACUGUUUAAAACUAAGUAGGAUCACCCUUUCUUAAAUUUAUGUGUGUUCAGCAAUGAAUGUCCAUAAUGUCUAAAGGUAGAAUGUGAACAUUGCUACAAAAGUUCAUUGCUCUCAGUAUAAUAUUUUACUUUAUUAAUACAGAAGGAAUAUGGAUAUAUUUCUUUAAGUCUGCAGAUUUUUUUUUAUUAUGGUGCAGCUUUUUAAAAAAAUUAUGUUUUAAAAACUAUACAAAGGAAAAUUAUGCCAUUUCAUAAAGUCUGGAGAUUUCCAUCAACCUUGUUGAAACACACUGGUGCUUUCAUCAUUAGAGGUCAAAUUACUAUGACGAUUAUUCAGUUAGGUUUUGCCAAACACUUGUCAUGGUUUCCAGUGCAGCCUGUCAAAUUCUGCUAUUUGACACAGCUUUGGAAAGCUUUUCAUUCCUCUUGACUUUUCAGUUUUGUUUUAGAAUGACUGUUACAGUUUUUAUUUGGCUGUUUAAAGCCAAAUUCAGCUUUUUAAUUAUGGUUUCAUGGACACUGUUGGGCAAUGUACGGCGUAUGGUGUGCUUACCUGUCCACUCUAGAGCAUUGCUUACAGGUUUUUUUAAGAUGCUGUGCUGUAAGAUACUGUCCUAUUUGCUAUUUCCUGGUACAGUGUAGUUUUUCCCCUUUCAUUUGAAUAAAAAGCAUGGCACCAAA